AUGUCGGGCGAAGAUGGCGACGGAAUCGUUAACGGACCACCCAUGAAUGUCAAAGAAAGAACAAUAAGAACUCGGAGUGUGGUGAGAAAGGAAAACGAACGGAGGAAAAAUCAAAAUCAAGAAGACGGAGAAGAUCGUGACCACGAAGAAAAUGAUGCCACAGCUUCUCCUCCUCCAAAAAGACGUAGACUUGUUAGUCCCGCCGGGUCCUCCAACAAUCCUGCCUCUCCUGCUCAACGACGGAAUGAAGAUGAUGAUCCUGCUCUUCGUGAACCGCAACUAAAUAAUCGGAUUCCACCUGUUAAUCAAGAAGACGGAGGUGAUGUUCCAGUCGAAGAAAAUCAUGUCGAUAUUCUUCAACCGGAGAAUCCUGACAAUGAUGAUGCCCAGCAAGAAAACGAUGUUGUCCCUCCUGCCACACUUCUAAAUGGUCGUGUUCCACCUGUACAUCAACGGGAUGGAGGUGAUGUUCCCGCCGAAGGAAAUCAAGUUGAUGUUCUUCAGUCUGAUGACGACGAUGAUGAUGAUGAUGACGAUGAUGAUGAUGAUGAUAAUGAUUAUGAUGAUGACGACGAUGAUGAUGCUGCUCAUGCUCAGCAGCAAAAUGGAGUCAUUCCGCCAGAUCCAAUGCAAGAUGAGAUGAUUGGUCCUGCUCCACAAGUGAAUCCACCUGUUCCUCCAGCUCAACAACUAAACAAUUUUGUUGUUCCUGCCGAGCCACAAAACGAAAUUAUCCGUCGAUUUCUACAGCGGAAUGAGAUUGUUGGUCCCGCUCUGCCGAGGGACGAAAUCAUUCCUCAAGCUCAACUGCAAAAUGGAAUUGUUGCUCCUGCUCCUCAUAUAAAUCCUCCUGUUGCUCCUGUCCAGCGACAUAAUCAAAGAGCUGCUCCUGUUGAAAAUGUUAACGGACAAGUUGCUUUUGUGCAACCACAAAACCAUAAUGGUCCAGCUCACCAACGACAAGGAUUUGUCCCUCCAGCUCCACCACAAAACCGAAUGGCUGCUCCUGUUCCAAAUUUGAAUUUUCAUGUAGCUCCUGCUCAUCAAUGGAACGGGAAUCUUCCUCCUGCGCAAUUCGCGAAUGACCAUGUACCUCCUGCUCAGCAGUGGAAUGGAAUUGCUCCUCCUGUUCCCAUGGCCGAAGGUCUCCACAAUCCAGGAAUCCCUGAACGAGAUAAUCGUUAUAUCGGUAUGGCCAGGGAACUAUUUCGACAAGGCUAUGCUCAGCCUGCCAAUAUAUUACGUCCACCCGGACAGCCAAUGAUGGACAAUCAAUACUUUGUGAUUGAUAUAACUGCUUUCGAUGGGUAUUUUCAACUACUGCGUCAAAUGAUUGAUCGCUCAGUAGAGAUGGCACGGCGUUCACGUGAUGCAGCAAAUCUGAUCAGGCAACAAGUGGAACAUCAACAGGAUCUGCUAAAUCCAGUGGACGAGCUGGAAAUUAGGAGGUACUAUGAUCGGCUGCGGAUUCAAAAUGCGAGAGAUUUUUUACUGGAUGAGCAUGAAGAUGGCAACGAACUAGACCCACAUUUUCUUGAUCACGAGGAAGCAGAUCACGCAGCUCAGAUUGGCAGAGCUGAGAAUAACGAAGAUAUUAAUCGUGCUCGAGGGAUGCCAUUUCCGGAUGCCCGCCCUGCUCAGUUCCCAAACGCCGAGCAUCGUCAGUUGUUCAAUGGCCCAUUAGCUCCGUUUCCAAAUGGCAAUGCUCCUCAGUUUUUCAAUCCCCAACAACCACCUCGUUUUCCAAAUCCCCAAAAUCAAGAUCAAUUUAUCCAUGGUGUCGAUCCAAGGUUUUUGGGGCACCAACCAUUGCCAUUUCCCGCUCCAAACAUGAAUCCCGUGCCAUUUCCCGCUCCAGACAUGAAUCUCUUGCCACCUCGCCAGUUUCCACGAAACCAUGCAGCAUUCAACCAGUUUAUGGCAGAUGCCCCAGAGCCGUUUCGAUGA